GCUGGACUCGGUCCCGGUGACACAUAACCGAGCGCGUUGGCAAGGACAACAAGUUGCUGUGUACUUUUUGGUUUUGCUUGGCUGUGUUGAGAAAGAAAGCAAGCUUUUUUUAUUAUUAUUUUGGCAGUGUGGGAUCUAAAACCCCAUCAUGGCUAAAGAUCCACUAGCAGAAGCUGGACUUCAUUUCGAUGAGCUGAACAAGUUACGAGUCCUCGAUCCAGAUGUCUCGCAGAAAACCACCGAGCUCAAGGAGGAAUGCAAAGACUUUGUUGACAAGAUUGGCCAGUUUCAGAAAAUAGUGGGUGGACUCAUUGAAAUGGUGGAUGAAUUGGCCAAGGAAGCAGAAAAAGAAAAAAUGAAGGCGAUAGGAGCCCGAAAUCUGCUGAAGUCUGUCGCGAAACAGCGGGAGGCUCAGCAGCAGCAACUUCAGGCGCUAAUUGCAGAGAAGAGGAUGCAGCUGGAAAGGUAUAGAAUUGAAUAUGAAGCUCUCUCCAAAGUUGAAGCAGAGCAGAAUGAAUUCAUUGACCAGUUUAUGCUACAGAAAUGAUAGUCUUUUCUUCAGCAUCAUGGCAAGAGGACAAUAAGCACGAUGGUGUGUGUCUUUUUGAUGAAGAUGUCACUGAUUCUCACUUGGUCAUCUGUUUCAAUGUGUGGAUUUAACAGCCUGGACAUGUGACCUAUAUCAUGACCAAUUCCUCGGGUUACAACUGUAACAUAUCAGUACCACAAUAAGGCAUUAGAUAAGUAUUUGUAUAAAACAAAAAAAAAUAUUUAUAAUAUUUAUAUAGAAUUAUUCUGUAAAUCUUAUUUUGAUACCUUUUUUUGCUACCAGGUAAUAAAUACAGUAUCUGCAUGUUACUGUAAAUAAUUACAAAAUCAAGACUUGAGUGAUCUAUCUGUACAUUUUGUAGUCUUUGUGAUUUAUAUACUUUGGGUUUUAUCGUAUCUGUAACGACUUGACAUCGUCAAUUGUUUACGGGACCAUACAUGUGUACAAAGAGGUGUGUUUUCAAACUUCAGGAAUUUUUUAUCAAAACCAAAAGCUGUUUCUUAACCAAACAGCUCAUUUAUUUUUCUUUUUGGUUUAUUUCAAAGUAUUGUUAAAAACAUCCCAGUUAUCAAAAUAAUAUUUGUUUUGAAAGACACUACAUAAACUGAUGUGACUGAUAAUUAAAUAAAAUUAUUUUGUUCA